GAGCCUACGAAAAUGCAUGUGUGACGUUAAAUGCAGCGGAAUUAGCGCGUUUCUCCAGCUUAAAAACGGCGCCCUCGGUGGAGCAUAAAGCGCGCCCCCGCCAGAUGCGCGCAACAGAUGUCAGUUUCGGAGGAGGGCGCCAAAUAGGAAGAACGGCGGACGUUAGAAAGUUCUGCCUCCAUCGUCGCGGCACACCGGCGGUCCACGACACCCCUCGUCCUCGUCUCUGCGCCAACUCACGAGCGACCCGCCCGGAGAGGAACGCCGCGGCGCCCGGGACCAACGCAGAGGCUCUGAAACAUGGAGGCAGAGCGAGUGAGCAUCUGGCCACGCAUGGAACCCUUCCUACUGGGUGCACUGCAGGUGGCUCCCUCCUCCAAGCUCAGCUUCCACUACCUUCGCAAGAUGGCCACGUACGUGCGAACGCGGGAGGGCUGCUUCCCCACGUUGGGCUGGCCCAUGUGGAGGCAUAUUUCGUGUGGAAAGCUACAGCUUCCAGAAGACGUCGCCUGGCUCUACUUCGAGACCUUUGACCUGCUUAUAGGCCACACUCCAGAGGAGAGGCUGGAGUGGGCAGAGUGCCUUUCCCAGUGCUCUUCCAAAAGUGAGCUGGAUCAACAAAGAAACAAGCUGUCCGUGGACACAAUGCAGUUCCUCCUCUUCCUCUACAUCCAGCAGCUGAACCACGUGUCUCUGCGCACCUCCCUGAUUGGUGAAGAGUGGCCCAGUCGUCGCACUCGCUGCCCGUCCCCAUCGGACCGAGAGGCCAAGACCAGCUCUCAGAACAAGAACUGGGAUGAUCAGGCUCACCUGUCGUUUGUGCAAAGCCAUCUGGCGGAGAUUCUGGAGUUGCUGGUGGAGCCUGGCCAGCUGUCACAAUCUGGACAGGCCCUCAGAGAUUGCCAGAUCUCCCUGAAGGCCGUGCAGAGCUUGGGGCUGCUCUUGGAGGGCUCCGUCUGCCACGGCCGAGCGGUUCAGCCCGUCCACAAGCUGCUGAGCAAAGGUCCGCUCCAGACGCAGGCCGGCUACUCCGCGCUCAGCCGCUCCUUCCCCCAGCACAAGCUCCUCUCGUGUCUCCAGCAGAGCCUCACCCUCAACCCCUUUGGGAUAACCGCCUGCCUGUGCUCGGGCAAGAAACUGGCCUGGGCCCAACAAGUGGAGGGAUCCAUGAAGAGGGCCAAAAUAGCUCGAAACACCCACGCGGCUCCGCCCGGCAGUAAGAUGGUGCUGAUGUCGCAGGUCUUCAAACAGACGCUGGCGAAAACCUCCGACAAGCUGACCGGUGCCAACAUCAAAAUCCACAGAUGCUCGGAUGCCUUCAUAUACCUUCUCUCCCCUCUCAGAUCGGUCAGCGUGGACAAGUGCCGUGACUGCACGGUGGUCCUGGGUCCAGUCGAGACCAGCGUCCACAUCCACGGCUGCCAGAACCUGCGGGUGGUGUGCGUGGCCGGCCGGAUCGCCGUCGGAGUCUCCUCGCGCUGCACCGUCCACGCCUUGACGCCCACCCGCCCCUUGCUCCUCCCGGGAAACACGGACAUUACGCUGGGGCCUUUCCACACGUUCUACCCCACCCUGGAGGACCACAUGGCCAGCGUGGGGCUGGCCGUGGUCCCCAACGCCUGGGACCGACCGCUGCUCCUGGGCAGCGAGGGGCUCGUCAACACGUCGGCCAACCCGGACCCGGCCUGCUACCGCCUGCAGCCCCCGGCUGAGUUCAACGCGCUGGUCGUGCCCUUCAAGACGGAGGGGGACACGUGCGAGGUGCCGGGGGGGCUGCCCCCCCAGUAUCAGGCGGUGCUCGACGAAAAGCAGAUGAGGAUUCAGAACUGGCAGAAGACCGUGCUGGAGGCCCGGCUGAACAAGGAGCAGAAGCGGCAGUUCCAGGAGUUGGUGGAGGUCAAGUUCCACGAGUGGCUUCUGGAAACGGGGCACAGGCAGGAGCUCGACAGCCUCGUCCCGCCCGCGGCGGCGACUCAGCGAGACAACGACGGCAAACACGUCAGGAAGUGACGGGCGGAGAGACGGUCGCCUGCGGCCCGCCGACGUGUCGCUGUGGUCUUAAACGUAGCGUGACAGGACGCACGUGUGGUCAGACGUUUGCAGCUCUUGUAAGGUCUUAACAAGCGGACGAUGUUUUCUGCCAGUAUUGAUGUACCCUGUGUUUCCCCAUGCUGCUCCGGGGGCGGGUACUGCUAGUGUAGCCCCACUUCACUGGAGUGUAACUCGAGUGGCCUGUUCAUGAGUCCUUUAACGUGUCCGAGCCAAGUGGACAUGGUGAGCGCCGUGGUUGGGAGACGCGCCCCGCAGGCUUUGAGGGUCACAUGAAGAGAAGCUUCAGCGGAGUCACUGUUCUCAGUCGUUCAGGCACAAACUUUUGGGGGCCAAUUCAAUUUCUCUUUUUUUGAGUCUGCAUUUAGAGACUGAUUGGGGGGGGGGGUCACCUUAACGCACUGAUGGCUUGAUGUGUUUUUGUCCAUCUGUGCCUCCAGGAAUUUUCACCAUUUCUUCCCAAACUCACACACACGCAUAUUAACGGUGUGCUAUUCACUUUUAGGAGAACGUGCAUUUAAAGAUGAAAUGUAGCACUUUGGGUGUUGAGGACACAUUGGUGCUCCUACAGUUUCUAGCUCAGGUCUUGAUCCAAUAUAUAAUGGCAAUAAAGUGUUUUCCACUGUAGGGGAAGGAGGAAUAUUCCCAUGAUUUUCAUAUUUUAUGAAGGUACAGACAAUACUUCUGUUAUUUACUGCAGCUGUCUAAAUGUUUGUUUUGCUGGUACCUUUUUUUUUUUUUUUUUUUUAAGCGUCUACAACCUCAGUGUCCUUCAGCCCGACUCGCUUCCUGCUCCCUUCCACUCAUCACAUGAAGGAAACGCACAUUACUGUACUAGAGAACUGCUGGGUGUGUUUUCCGGGCAUUUUUAUUAAAGGGAGGGUCGACUCGAUGAAGAAAAUGUACUGUUAAAAUGCUGGAUAUUACUGCAGUUUUAAUAGUUUUUUUUUAAUGAUUUGUCUCUUCAAGAUGUGAUCACACUGUAAAAUCUUACUGCUGCAAAGUGUUGAUUUGAAUACACGCGCACCUCAGUACGAAGUGCACAAUAUAGUUGGUGAAAAGAUGAAAAUAAAUUAUAGUUUGGACUAAA